AUGAUGGAACUAGAAAAUAUAAAAAUGCAAUCAGUAAAUGAAAAUUUGGAUUUCGCUAAUUGCAUAUAUGAUAUUAAAAAACCGAUAUCUGACGGAACAACAAUAAUUGGUAUAAUAUAUGAUCAUGGAGUCAUGCUAGCUUGUGAUACAAGAACUUCAUCAGGUACAUUCAUUAGUAAUAAAUGUUCAAGAAAAAUUAAUAGAAUUAACGAAAAUAUUUAUGUAUGCAGAAGUGGUGCUUCAGCUCAUAGUCAAAAAGUAAUUGAAAUUAUAAAACAUUAUUGUUUAGCAAUGAAAAGCGAAAAUAGAAAAAAAGGAAGAUUUCAUGAAAAUGAUUCUAUAAGUGAAGAUAUAAACAGCGAAGACAUAGAUAUAGAUAAGAUUAACAAUACAAAUAACAAAAAUAAUACAGAUUUAAUAACUAAAAAUAAAUAUUUUUAUAAUGACAAAUUCAUGGAUUACAACCCUUUAGUAGAAAAUGUUGCAUAUAUUACUAAAAAACUAGUUUAUGCAAAUAAUAAUUUUUUAUCUUGUGGUCUUAUAUUUGGUGGUUAUGAUAAAGAAAAAAAACAACAGCUUUAUUCAGUAAAUCUAAAUGGAAGUAUAAUUCGAAGAUUUGACUUUGCAGUUAGUGGAAGUGGUAGUAUUUAUAUUCAAUCAUAUUUACAAGACAAAUAUAAAAAGAAUAUGAAUAAAAAAGAAUGUUUUGACUUAAUUUUAAAUUGUGUAAAAUAUGCUAUGUAUAAUGAUAAUAGUAGCGGAGGUAUUGUAAGAAUUGUUAAUAUAACAAAACUCUAUGUUGAAGAAUUUACAGUAACAAACACACAAUUACAUUUUGACUACUAA